GGUGCUCUACGCUCCGCCAGCUCCACCACCGACGGCCCAUGGAUCCCUUGGAUCGCUGUCAUGCGCUACUUGCCUGGCUCCGAUAUGCCCUCGGGAUUGGCUCAUGCGCAUUGCAAACACCCAUCUAUUUGUUUCAACACGUCUGUUUUGCAUUGCUCUCCACAAAUCGCCAUGCUGCCGCCACAUGCCAGCGUGCACCCAGUCCAGCCCUGCUGCGGUGGGUAAUGGAGCCUGAUGCUCAUUGUACUGCUACAUGCUACUCCUACCGCGACUCCGUACCAUCCUAACCAUUCCAUCUCUACAAGGCCCAG